GCAUCUUUGGUGCAUUUAAUUCAGUGAAUUUUCUAUUCUAGUUUUAAAGCAACCAUUUUUAUUUUUUACCAUGCCUGGAGCAAAAUGGCGGGGUGCUUAUCUGAACCAGUUGGAGUUCAUGGAAGCAACAACACACAAACGCUCCAACAGUGAUCCCUUACAGAAAAAGGUCAAGAAGAACAAGUUAAACACAAUCUUUGAAGCUUCUAAUCACCAUAAAGAAAUGGGAGAAAUAAAGGUUCAUGUUGAAGCUAAGAUUGGGACUUCGAACAUUGAAGUUCGAAACUCGUUGAAGCAGCAGAUUCUACAGCUUGAAGAAAGAUUGCUGGACCAGUUUGUGGUUCGGAGUACAUUGGAGAAGGCAUUAAGUCAUAGGCCUUUCACCUAUGGUGUAGAAGUUGAAAAUUUAAUCCCCAAAGAUGCCAAGGAACUUAUCAAGGAUAUUGCAGUUUUAGAACUGGAAGUUGCCCACUUGGAGAAGUAUCUUCUCUCAUUGUACCGAAAAAAUUUCGAUAAAACAUUCUUGUCUUUAAAGACCACAGAUGAAAAUCUGAAACCAACAUCAAUGGCACAUAAAGAAAUGUUUCAAGAGGUUCAGAUGCAUGACAUCAUCUCCGAGAAAGAAAAUUUAGUUACUCAAUCUGGUAAUCUUGUGUCCUCUCGAAAUUCAAUCGGAAAUCCUCCGAAGGAUUGCAACGAUGUUUGGGGUACUGCAAAACUCUUAGAUUCUAGCAUUUAUCGGAGCCAUUCUUCGCUGUCUCAGCGAUCAGCAUAUUCGGUUGAUUCUCCGCAACGAACCAUAGCUAAAGCUGUAGAACAAUACCAUUCUCUGCCUUUGUCCAUGUUGGAGAAAACUCAGAUGGAUUCUUCAAAUGGAUUCAACUUGGCAGAGCAUUUUGGAACCGGCAUUAACGAUCACCUGACCAAAACACCAAACUGGCUUUCUGAGGAGAUGAUCAAAAGCAUUUCAGCCAUAUAUUGUGAACUUGCAGAUCCACCUUUGAUUAACCAUGAUUACUUGUCUUCUCCUAUUUCACAUUCAUCAUAUGUUGGUGUUGUUUCGUCACAAGGUGAAGGCUAUACGAAUACGUGGAGCCCAAAGUGUGGGAAAUUUUCAUCCUUCAACUCACAUUUUGACAACCCUUUUAGCAUCGGGGAACCGAAGGAACACAGUGGACCUUACUGCACAAUGAUGAAGGUUCAAUGGAUCUGCAGAGAUAGUAAGAAGUUACAGGAUAUUGAACAUAAGCUCCAAUAUUAUAGGUCACUUGUCUAUCAACUCGAAGAAGUUGUUGUUAGAAGGAUGAAACAUGAAGAGAAGCUAGCUUUCUGGAUCAAUGUACACAAUUCUCUAGUGAUGCAUGCGUUUUUGGUAUACGGCAUUCCGAAAAACAAUCUGAAGAGAUUGUCCUUGUUACUCAAGGCUGCCUAUGAUGUGGGGGGACAGACCAUAAGCAUAGACACAAUACAGAGUUCUAUUCUGGGAUGUCGGUUGCCUCGCCCCGGACAGUGGCUACGGUUUUUGUUUCCUUCAAAGACGAAAUUCAAGGUCGGGGAUCCUCGAAGAGCUUUUGCAAUCGAAUCUCAAGAACCUCUUCUGCAUUUUGCACUUUGUUCGGGAAGCUAUUCGGACCCUGCGGUCCGUAUAUACACACCAAAGAAAGUGUUCCAGGAGCUGGAAGUUGCAAAAGAGGAGUACAUCCAGGAGAAUUGGAGUAUCAACAAAGAACAGAAAAUUACGUUACCAAAACUUAUGGAGUAUUUUGCAAAAGAUUCAAAUGUUUGCUCAGCUGGUUUGCUGCAGAUGGUUGAACAAUUUAUGCCUGCUUCACAGAGGAAGAAUCUCCAGCCAUCUUCCAAGAGGAAAACUGGGAAAACCAUUGAGUGGAUCUCCCACAACUUUACAUUUCGAUAUCUAUUUUCAAAAGACUUAGCUCAGUGAUUGCCAUUCAAAUGCAGGAGGUGGUGCUUUACAAGGUGGAAUUUUCGAAUGACAGAUGAAUCAUAACUGCAACUUUCUGAAAACCCUUUGGCUUCAAUCUUCAGUUCUGGUAGAUUUAUGCACUCAAAGGAUCAAAUGAGCUGAAGAAACAAGUUUAGGAAAGAUGGAUAGUCAUUACACUACUCCAUUAGGAAGGUUGUGAUUUGGCUGUCAUUCCUAAUCGUGUUUGAAGUUCUUGUAUGCAUGUAAAUGCAAGAAUUU